AUGCGGUUUAUAGCUGUGACGCUGAUUUUUAGAUUGCAGGUCUCUCUGGUCUCUGCACAGGUCCAACCAAUUACUGAUCUUUUCGUCGUCGACCAAGCAUCAUGCGGACAGUAUCUCACUGCUCAAGCAAAUGGCGUUUCUAUACUACAACAGUUGGCAAACGAGGCCGGAGCCAUGGUAGAUGCCGCUCGUCAAAUUUUCGAAUCUGGUAGUGGUCUCAACAGCCCCCCUAUUUCAUCGUGCGAGGCAUAUUUGUAUGGCAUGUUCGGUAUUCGCCCAAAUGAUGGAUUACUAUACGAUAUGGACACGGUGUUGGUGAACACACAUGAGUUUCUAUUCGGCGGUACACAGCCUCCCGGGAAUACAUACAAAACCCACCUCUUCUGCAAUGACGACGCUUUUCUCAAGCGGAGCGCCCGACAACAAGCCGUUCAACUCAACGGACAGCCAGCAACUCUAAACGGACAAGCCGUGUCUGUAGAGUCUCUAUAUGCCGGUCCCAUUGCCGAUAACACGGAAAACGGGGUCUAUCCCGACAUAUUCCUUUUGCAACUUCCGGCCAGCGGAAACCAGGCCGCCAUGUGGCAGUACUACUUCUUCAGGGCUUUCGAUGGCCAAAAGAUUUGCUCUGGAGGCGUCCGCGCCGAGACUUUCAAAGCCUACAUAAAUCAAACCCCGGUCCCAGUUGUAGUGUUAUGCCCAGCGAGUUUCACAGGCGGCAGAACGGACACUCUUGGAGGAAUAGCACCAGAACCAGAUCCCCCGAAUCAACAAGCCGUACAGGCCGUCAGUGAUGUCCGGCCAAAUUCCCUGACCUUCCUACAUGAGCUUUUUCACUUGUGCCCGUGGGACCCAACAACAAAAAGCCUUGAUGUUAUAGAUAAUAGUUACAACGGCGGUGAUGCUUAUGAUGUAUGGGACAUCCUCACUUAUCCCCCAGCAGAAUCGACUAUCAAUGCCCAAAAUUAUGCGUUUUUCUCGCUAGCGGCCUGGUAUACACUGAACAAGCGUGUGCCGGAUCCAAGGGGCAAUGGCCAGACAGUGCUAAUCACUUAUGCCAAUGGCGACUGUGACUACAUUCGAGGACCUUAG